GCGGAGUAAAUUACUUGCCCACCGGCGCGCCGUUUCCCCCUUUCUUGCUUGCACCCUUCUCCAAUUCCAUCACUCCCUCUCUCUCUUUCUCUCUCUCUCUCUCAUGGAACUCUGGGUAUAAAGCCUGACAAAAGCCGAAGCAGUCUCUGCUCUGUUCUUGAGUCUCUCGACCCUGUCUUGGUCUUCAGAAACAGAGAAGGGAACUUCUGCUGAGAAAAAAAUGGUUGGUGGUGGCGGUGGCGGCGGUGGUCGGGGUUCAGACAUUCCUCGGUGGCUCCGAAUUCUCCUCGGAGAGAAGUUCUUCAAUCCGUGCGGCGUUCACGACUGCGCGAAGAAGAACGAGAAGAACACGUUUUGCUUGGAUUGCUGCGCCAGCAUGUGCCCUCAUUGCUUGCCUCCUCAUCGCCAUCACCGUCUCUUGCAGAUAAGGAGGUACGUGUACCACGAUGUCAUUCGCUUGGGCGAUGCGCAGAAACUGCUCGACUGUUCCCUCGUCCAACCAUACACAACGAACAGCGCGAAAGUGGUGUUCUUGAACCAGAGGCCAAUGUCUCGCCCGUUUAGAGGCUCGGGCAACUUCUGCAUCACUUGUGACCGGAGCCUACAAGAUGGCUUCCACUUCUGCUCUCUCUCAUGCAAGGUACACGACCAAAUGACCAAAAAGAUUGGCCUCAAGAAACGGCUCCAAGAUCACAGCCACGGGCCCCUUCCAUCACUGAACAGACCAUCUCACGAGGGCUUCCCGGAGCUCGUAGAUGAUGGACACAUCACCCCCGACUCGGUCCUCGAUUUGCCUAUCUCGCCAACCGCGUGCCCUGAGUUCGGCAGGAGGAAGCGCUACCGCCCGGCUCCGAUCGCCCAGGUGGCGACGGCUCGCCUCUGGUGCCGGCCGGCGACGGACGUGGCCGGGUCCGUCGCCGGCUACAUGAACCGGCGGAAGGGCGUCCCUCACCGGUCGCCCCUGUACUGACCACGCGGCGGGAGACGGCUGGGGGGGCACCCCCUGACGGAUUUUGGCGCUCUGACAGGAAACAACGGCUUCUCUUUUUGUUUCUUCUCUCUCUUUUUGUUCUCUUCUCUCUUCUUGUAGAGUAAUUAUCAUCAUUGUACCGAUACAACAUGCAUGCAUCGUUGCAUUCGCCGGUGUGAAUUACUUGUACGUCGCUAAUUAUACCUGCCAGUUUCC